AUGUUAAGACUAAGACCUAUAGUAGUGAAGAGACUGUUUAAUAUAUCUAGUAUACUAAAUCAAUCAUCUUGUAAAUCAGGAACUGUUUUAAAUUUAAAAAUUUAUAAUAAAGGUGAUGAACCAAUUGCAAAAGAUGAUUCAGAAUAUCCAGAUUGGUUAUGGAAUAUGUUGGAUAAAACAAAAUCAUUAAAUAAGAUAAAAGAUGAAAACUUUUUAAGAUGGAGAAGGAUAAAAUUAUCAAAAGAAAAUGGUAAGAAAAUAAGACAGAACAACUUUGUAUCAAAAAUAUAG